AUGAACUUCCUUCGGUGUACGCUAGAAAAUCGUGGGAAGUCGGAUAUUCUGAUCCCGGAUACGCAGAUGCUGAACGUGAGUCAUUUCCUGUGGCUGUCGUCGCUUAUUGCUGCUGUCAGGACGGAAGAGUGGUUUCAGUAUGUACAGUACCUGGAGAAGAAGUUCCUGUGGUGCGCCUACUGGGUAGGCCUGGGUAUUUUGUCUUCGGUCGGUCUUGGCACUGGACUGCACACUUUCCUUCUGUACCUGGGUCCACACAUAGCUUCUGUCACCCUGGCUGCAUAUGAAUGUGGCUCUGUGAAUUUCCCCGAGCCGCCCUACCCAGCCCAGAUAGUGUGUCCGGAGGAGGAGGUCCUGCAGGAGAGCAUCUCACUAUGGACCAUCAUGUCGAAGGUUCGCCUGGAGGCUUGCAUGUGGGGUGCAGGCACAGCUAUUGGAGAGCUGCCUCCUUACUUCAUGGCACGGGCGGCACGGCUGUCUGGAGCAGAUCCUGAUGAUGAAGAUUAUGAGGAAUUUGAGGAGAUGCUGGAGCAGGCACAGAGUGCACAGGAUUUUGCAACAAGAGCCAAGCUUGCGGUGCAAAACAUGGUGCAGAAAGUGGGAUUUUUUGGAAUUCUAGCUUGUGCCUCUAUCCCAAAUCCCUUGUUUGACCUGGCUGGAAUCACCUGCGGUCAUUUCCUGAUUCCAUUUUGGACCUUCUUUGGAGCGACUCUCAUUGGAAAGGCCAUUAUUAAGAUGCACAUUCAGAAACUGUUUGUUAUCAUAACAUUCAGCAAGCACAUAGUGGAGCAGAUGGUCUCUCUGAUCGGUAUUAUCCCUGGAAUCGGAGCAUCUCUUCAGAAACCUUUUAGGGAGUACUUGGAGGCCCAGAGAGCCAAGCUUCAUAACCCAGCGGGCGAUGGAGCAUCAGCUGGUGAAAGCUGGCUCUCGUGGGUAUUUGAGAAGGUGGUGCUGGUCAUGGUGUGCUAUUUUAUUCUGUCCAUUAUUAACUCCAUGGCACAGAGCUAUGCCAAGCGUCUCCAGCAGAAGAAGUACUCGGAGGAGAAAACAAAAUGA